CACCGGCGAGCCGCGCGCCGCCCUAGCCGGGCGGAAGCGGCUUUCUGGCCUGCGCUUUAUAGGCCUCUCUUGUGCUUCCUGUUUCCUCUUUUACCGGGACCCGUCAACAUGGGCCGCGUCCGCACCAAGACUGUGAAGAAGGCGGCCCGGGUCAUCAUCGAGAAGUACUACACGCGCCUGGGCAAUGACUUCCACACCAACAAGCGCGUGUGCGAGGAGAUCGCCAUCAUCCCCAGCAAGAAACUCCGCAACAAGAUAGCCGGCUACGUCACGCAUCUGAUGAAGAGGAUUCAGAGGGGUCCUGUGAGAGGCAUCUCUAUCAAGUUGCAGGAAGAAGAGAGAGAAAGGAGAGAUAACUAUGUUCCUGAGGUCUCAGCUCUGGAUCAGGAGAUCAUUGAGGUAGAUCCUGACACCAAGGAAAUGCUGAAGCUUCUGGACUUCGGCAGCCUCUCUAACCUGCAGGUCACUCAGCCUACAGUUGGGAUGAAUUUCAAAACACCGCGUGGAGCCGUUUGAAUCUGUUCUGUCAUAUUUUCAAUAAACCUGAAAACAAC